CACGACUGACACCAUGGGCUCCACCCACGACACGUCUGCAGCUGCACCGGGCCCGCAGGACAGGGAAAAGACGAGCAACGAGGAAAGGUGAACGCUUACAAGUGGACCAGUUGGGUGUGUGUGUGUGUGAGCUGGCAUGCGUGCCGGUGAGGCGUGGUUAUAUGGCGUGGCCUGUAUGCCGCAAGGGGAUUAUCAAUUAUUGUAUCCAAACAGAUCUAGAAGAGAAGCUGAUCUUCUCCUUCCUUCGGCACCCUCUCCUUCCCUGAUCCACCUACUACUCCUUCUCUCUUCCUCCUAGAUCCUGAUCGGGUACGUUACAAGUGGUAUCAGAGGUCAGCCAUCCUGGAAACAGCCUACCCCCGGCCGCGGUACACCACCAAACAAGCCCAGAAGACAGCGGCGAUGGAGGAACAGCUUGCGGCGCUGAUCCAGUCCGUCAACGAGGGGCGCGCCGCCAGCGACGCCAAGUUGGAGGCGAUCCAGCAGUCUAUCAAGCUGUGGCGACCGGCGGUCUCCAACCCGCAACAUCAGCUAGAUGAGCUUCGAUCUCAGGUCGGCAAAAUCGCCCUGCAUCCAGCGCUCGCGGAUCCAGACACGACGGCGGCGUCAUCGUCCGCGGCGCGACGGGCGGCGCCUCAACCUAGCGCUGGCAUCGGCCACCAUGGGCCCGCUGGCCACGGCGAGAUCCACGACUCCGGAGGCUCGGUACACGGGGUGGUCACCACCCUGGAACCGCCUCCGGUCACGGACGCGCUGGCCAUGGCUUCCCCUCGCCAUCGCCAGGACGGAGACGGACCACACGACGGCGCGCCGACGUACGCCGGCAUGGCGAAGCUGGUGCCGGCGCUCCCGCUCGAGACGCGGUGCCCGCCGUUCGCGCUGCGGCGCUACGGCGGCUUCUGGCUGCCGGAGGCGGCCCUGCGGCGCGGCCUCCCGGCGUUGCACGCCGGGUUCGCGCCCAGGCGCGCAGACGUGCUCCUCGCCAGCUACCCCAAGUCCGGCACCACCUGGCUCAAGGCCCUCGCCUUCGCCACCGUCCGCCGCGCCGUGCACCCGCCUUCUUCCAUCGACCACCCGCUCCGCCGUCGCAACCCGCAGGACUGCGUCCCGUUCCUCGAGUUCGACUUCGACCACGGGGACAUGGCCGAGCUCGAGGCGCUCCCUUCCCCGCGGGUGCUCGCCACGCACCUCCCCUACUCGCUCCUCCCCGACCGCGUCGUCGCCGACGACGGCGCGCGGAUCGUGUACGUCUGCCGGGACCCCAAGGACGCGCUGGUCUCCUCGUGGCUCUUCACCAGGAAAGCGUCGCCGAGUGUCGGAGUGGACUCCGACUCCUACUCGCUGCAGGAGGCGGCCGAGCUUUUCCGCGAGGGCCGGUGCUUCUACGGCCCUCAGUGCCGGCACGUGCUCGAGUACUGGGACGCGAGCCGCCGUCCCUUCGGCGGCGGCGAGGUGCUGUUCCUGAGGUACGAGGAGAUGCUGCGCGACCCGGCGGGGAGUCUGAAGACGAUGGCGGAGUUCAUGGGAUGCGGCUUCUCCGAGGAGGAGGUGGCGCGAGGGGUGGUGGACGAGAUCGUGGACCUGUGCAGCCUGGAGAAGCUGAAGAACAUGGAGGCCAACAGGGACGGGCGGCGGAACGCGUCGGGCAUCAGGAGCGACUCUUUCUUCCGGAAGGGGGUCGCCGGGGACUGGAGCAGCCACAUGUCGCCGGAGAUGGGGAAGAUGCUGGACGAGGCCGUCGAGGAGGCACUCCAGGGGUCUGGGUUCAGCUUCUCUGGCUGAGCUCCGGCGAGCACUGGCCAGGGCGGUAGUGCGGGGCAAACAACAAUGUCAUUGCAAAGCACGGCUUGGAACACAUGUUUUGUGGCGAUCCAUGGAUUUAAGGCGCGAGUUUGAUUCCAGUUUCUUGCUCGAAAGUUGAUUGUCUUGUAAGUUCAAACAGUAGUUUGAUAACUCAUUCCAAAUGUUUCUUUCCCAAAGUUCCGAAUCAUUCCAGUUCUACAA